AUGACAGGGCUAGAGAUGCUUCGAGAGCAGGAAAGAAAAGAAGCAGAAGAAGCUUGUCAAAAGGAAAUAGAAGAAUGGGAAAGAAAACUUCUAGCUCAAGCAGCUCCAACUUGUAUGGAGAACAUGUGGGAAAUUCCAGCCAUUGGACAUUUCCUUUGUUUAGCCCAACAAAUUCUAAAUUUGCCAGAAAUAGUCUUUUAUGAAUUGGAACGUUGUCUUCUGAUGCCUCAAUGUAACGCUUUUCUAUCUAAAAUAAUGACUUCUUUAUUAAGUCCUCCCCAUCGCAGAUCUACCUUACAUCGAAGACCUACUUUGCCUUACAGGACUUGGGAAGCGGCACUGAGACAGAAAGUGCAGCAGUGGUAUACUGCUGUAGGGCAGACUGAAAAUCCUGAUAACUGUGCUGAAAAACUUGGGCUGUGUCCUCAGUUUUUUAAAGUUCUUGGAGAAGUUAAUCCAUUGGAAGAAAAACCUUUUCAUGAGCUACCUUUCUACCAAAAAGUGUGGUUGCUUAAGGGUCUUUGUGACUUUGUUUAUGAAACACAAAAAGAAGUUCAAGAUGCUGUACUUGGGCAGCCUAUUCAUGAGUGCAGGGAAGUUAUCCUUGGUUAUGAUUAUUUGGAGAAUGCCUAUGUACAUUUUCCACAGUUCUGUGGUGCAGAUGUACGGAUUUAUAAACAAAGACCCUUCCAGGCCCCAGAAUUUCCAGUUCCACCCAUUAAAGUACAAAGAGUACCUCGGAUUAAACUGGAGAAACUGAAGUGUGACUAUGUUAGUACAAGUAAUGGAGAACAUAAGUGUAGUAGAGAAGGCUUGCCUUCUGCCUUCAAGAAAGAGCAGGAAAUUAAUUUCGAUUCAGCUUGUGGUGGUCCCGCUAAAAUGAACUUUGAUAAUCAAGACAUCUCUGUUGAAACUGAAGUAAAAUCCAACUGUGAAAUUAAAAUUCAGAGGCCCUGUGAAAUUAAAAAAACUGAUUGCUGUAAAGAAAAUUUGGAGAAACCAGGGAGUCCAGGAGAAGUUACUGACUUUGGAGAGCCACUCAGCCCAGGUGAAAUAAGGUUUAUAGAAAAUCAGGAAAAAUAUGGUGAAACUUCCAGAAUAAAAUGUGAACCCAGUCCAUUAAAAGAAAAUGCUCUAAAAUCUUGCCAAAUUCACGUAAAUGGGAGUCACACUGAUCACCCAGAAAUUAACUGCCACAAAAUAAGAGAUAUUCUACUAGAGCAGUCACUGCAGAGCCACAAGAAACUCAAACUAACUAAAAUGAGGGCAAAAAAGAAGAAAAAGAAAAAAAAGAAAUUGAAAGAUGCUUUGAGUGAAAAUUUACAGAGAAAACGUGAAGGUCUUCAUUCUCUUGCAUUCAAGUCUUACAAACCUGAUAUCCAAAAUAAGUUAUUGAUCAUCAAAAAGAAAGCAAAACACAAGAAGCACAAAUCUGGAAAAAAAUCCAUAUCUAAAAAAGCAAUCACAAAGAAGAGGAAAACUCUCACAAAGUCACCUACUGUACCAGAAUUUCAGCUUAUUUGCACUAAUCUUGAUGAACUCAGGGAAUUAAUCACAAAAAUCGAGAAUGAACUCAAAGAUCUGGAAAACAGUAGAAAAAAAUCGGGCAAGUGGUAUCAUCGGAGGCAAGCUGUAAAAGAAUUGCAUAGUACAUUGAUACGUCUUCUAAAUGAAUUGCUGCCAUGGGAACCAAAGUUAAUGAAGGCUUUUCAAAGAAACAGGAGCCGCCUGAAGAAAGACUAUGAUGAUUUCAGAAGACAACCUGAUCAUGAUAAAUUCUCUAGAGAACUGUGGGCUACUGAAGAAUGUGAAGGAGAUCUUGGAAAAGAAUUUCCUAAAGUAGAAAUAAGUAAGUCUAUAGACUCAACAGAACCUCUAGAUGUCCUAGAGAAAGAUCACCUUGAUUCAGAUGAUAUGAAAUUGUCAGAAUCAGAUUUUCCUAUGGCCAGAAGCAAGCUGUUGAAAAAGGAAUUGCCUUCUAAAGAUGUACUGAAGACACUGCCUAAAACACUUAAACGACAGUCCAAACAAACUAGUUAUCUGGAGGACAGCACAAAAGAGCUUUCCCCAAGGAAGAAAGCAAAGUUAAGCACAAAUGAGACAACAGUUGAGAAUUUGGAAAGCGAUAUGCAGAUUGAUUCUAUGAAUGAAUCAAAGCAUACAGAGCUACCAUUUUCAGAGUCAUUUGCCUCAGUGGAUUCAGUAUCAGUGUCUGCUCUCCAGAAAGGGACCAAACCUAUUCAGGCCUUGCUUGCAAAGAAUAUUGGGAACAAAGUGACCUUAACAAAUCAACUGCCCCCUUCUACAGGAAGAAGUGCUCCUGCCAUCGAAAAACCAGUUAUAUCUCUUCCAGAAGUAAGCCCCACAAAGCCAGCAUUGACCUCCUUCAACAGUACAAAAAGUCCGUUACAAAUGGUAUACAAAAUACCCUGUAGUCAGUGGUUGCCAAUAGAGUUUCACAAUAGCCCUGUAAAGAUUCAGGUGCAACCUAUGGUGGAUCCUAAAACUGGAGAAAAAAUCAUGCAGCAGGUUCUUAUUCUGCCUAAGAAUUUUGUGAUUCAGCACAAGGAAGGAAAAGCAGUUACAAAAGAAAUACCACCACUUAAGCAAAAAGGUUCAGAGCAACAUUAUUCACCUUCUCCACAGACAGCAAGCAUAAACUCUUUAGCAUCAGUUCUUGUCACUUCAGCAGGAACUGUUUCUACCCCACUGCCUAAUACAAUUCUCAAAAAGACUAUUAUACCUUCAUCAAAUGUGAGUAGUGCUAGACCACAGCCUUUGUCGCCCAAAACCUCUGUAAGUAAUUUAUUAACACCACCAGUUAAAACUAGCCAGAGUGAAGCAGGAAAAGUCAAGAAUGCAGUUUCAGUAACCACAUUCUCCCAGCCCAUUGCUUCACCCAGUAUUUCCUCAACAGUUCAGCCUCUGUUAUCAGCAACAACACUAACUGGAUCUAUAAAUCCUGGUAAUUCCCUUACCACUUUUGCAAAACAAACUACUGACUCUUCAGAAGCAAAGCAAGAAUUGAAAACUGUGUGUAUAAGAGAUUCACAGUCAAUUCUUGUUAGGACACGAGGUGGGAACACUGGAGUUGUAAAAGUGCAGACCAAUCCAGAUCAAAAUUCGCCCAACAGUUUAUCUUCAAGUUCAGUUUUUACUUUAGCUCCUCAACUUCAGGCAUUUCUGGUGCCAAAAUCAACUUCAUCAUCCUCUGCUUUGUCACAAGUAGCUGGAAUGACUACCACAUCUAGCCUCCCACUUUUCAGCCAAACACCAACUUCUGUUUCCAUUCCAUGUGGCUUUAGUCCAUCCGUGGGGAAAAAUCUCAAACCUACAUUAAGCCAAUCCUCCAGCAGUGGUAAUUUGAGCCACUUAACAGAUAAAACUUCACACACAUCCUCUUCUCCUGUGAAGUCCUCUGUUUCUUCCAGCACUCAACUACCAUCAACAACAAGUAGUUCAGUAAGUGUAAUUAGCAUAUCAACAGGAAAUUUUGGACAAACCAAUGCAAAUGUUAUUCGUACUCCAACUAAACAGCAUCAUGUAGAUUAUAUCACAAAAAGUCACCCUGUUACAAGAUCAGAGGCAGCAACAGCAAUAAAUGGAGAUGCGGUCAGUGGGACUCCAGUUCAGAAACUUAUGCUAGUAUCAGCUCCAUCUGUUCUUCCUUCUGGCAAUGGAGCUGCAAUUAGUGUGGCACCUGCAUCAACAUCUACAGGUGUUUCCAACCAGAAAUUGGUUUUUAUUAAUGCUCCAAUUUCCAGUAGUACUUCAACCUCAGCUAUUGUUGGAGAGUCAUUAAAACAGACUUUUCCGUCCCUCUUCAAUAAAACAUAUGUUAAGAAUCCAGAGCCACCCCAGAUAGUAAUAAUUCCAUCUACAAUGGGAGCACCAAUAAAAAUAAAUUCUUCACCAACUGUAUCUCAGAUAAAAGAUGUGAAAAUUGGAUUAAACAUAGGUCAAGCAAUUGUAAAUCCUUCAGGUAGUGUCCCAGCUAUACCAUCAAUUAAUUUACUGCAAAAUGUAACACCAAAGGGAGAAGACAAAAGCAGCAAGGGCUAUGUUUUGCCAUUGUCAACAAGUGGUAAUUCAGUUCCAGUAAGCUCAAAUUUUGUGAGUCAAAAUAUUCCUACUAUUAAUGAAUCAGUGACUUCUGCAGCAAAAGCAGUAAACAUGUUUUCAGUAACAGGAGCAAGUGUAUCUUUGGGUUCCCUUUCAGUGACCUCAGCCUCCACAUCAGUUGGGACACAACCUCCUGUUUUAGUCAGUGGAAAUGAUACCUCUUCAAGAAUUAUGCCUGUUUUGUCAAAUAGACUAUCUACAUCGAAUCUCGGAAAUACUGUGGCUAUAUCAACUGUGAAAACAGGACAUCUUGCAUCAUCUGUUCUGAUUUCAACUACACAACCAACAGUGUCUCCUAAAUGUUUGACAUCAGCUUUGCAAAUCCCCAUUACUAUUUCCUUGCCUCCGCCUGUGACUACAUCUCCAAAAAUAAUUAAUACAGUUCCACAUUCAGCAACAGUACCAGGAGCCACACAUUCUGUAUCUCUUUCUAAAGGACAAUCUCAGACUUCUCUCCAGUUUCAUUCACCAGGGAUUUCAACUACAGUGCCAACAAAUGUAAACACAAAUAAACCUCAAUCUGAAUUGUCAUCCCUUUCACCAAGCCCAAGUAAAAUGAUUAAUAUUUCUAAUUUUACUUCUCUGCCAAACCAGCAAAUGUCCCCUGCUAUAGUAAAAUCAACCACCAGUCACAAUUCUGCCCCAGGUGGUUCUGCCAUUCGCAGUGCUACACCACCAUCAAAUGUAACUAGUCUGGUAGGGGGUCAAUUCAGCGAACCUUGUAUGCAGCAAAAAAUAGUUAUCAACACCAGUACACCUUUGGCACCUGGUACUCAGAUCAUGAUUAAUGGAGCACGGUUUAUUGUUCCACCACAAGGUCUUGGAGUUGGCAGCCAUGUUCUUCUUAUAUCUACUAAUCAAAAAUAUGGACCUCCUUUAGUUCUUAAUAGUGCCCAGGGCAGUCAGGCUACACCAGUAGACAAAUCUUCCCAGAAGAUUACACUAGCAUCAAAUAAUCCUUUAAGUGGGCAACCUGUAAAACAUUCUAUAAGAAGCUCUACAAAAAUUACAGACUCUCUUGGGAAUUCGAGUUCUCUCCCUACAGUACAUACAACACCACAAAUUAUAAACACAACUGCUAAAGUUUCUGUUCCAUCUUCUGUACCAACAGGGUCAUUGACUGCAGUAAUUAAGUCUCCUCCAGCUACUCUUUUGGCUAAGACAUCUUUGGUUUCUUCUGCCAUUUCUUCCAAUAAUCCUCCACUGCCAAGUAGCACUUCGGUAUUUCAUUUGGACACAUCUGUCAAAAAAUUGUUGGUUAGCCCAGAAGGAGCCAUUUUGAAUACCAUAAAUACUCCAGCAUCUAAGGUUUCUUCACUAUCUACAUCUCUCUCUCAGAUUGUUGUAUCUGCCAGUCGAAAUCCUGCUUCUGUCUUCCCUGCUUUUCAAUCAUCUAGCUUAGAGAAGCCUGACACAGCUGCAUCUUGAAUUUAGACUAUAAACGAGCCAGUUUUAAAAUAAUGGGGCAUUGUUUUAAUUCCCAUAGAAAUUUUAACUGUUUAUUAUACUGUUGAAAACAUACUAUACAUAGUUUGUGCGCGCGUGUGCGUGUGUGUAUAUGUGUGUGUAUUAAUGUAUAUUCGUUAGCUUGCAACAAGACUUUUCUUGGGGAGGGACAAGUGUAUACCAUUUUGCUCAUUGGUAUGAGGAUGUUUUCAAAAGUUUUUUGUUUAAAGUACAUGGUCAAGAUUUACCUGUCAACAUAACAAAUUGAACAAAGUCAAAAUUUAUCAGAGUAAGCUAGCAUUUUGCACACUUACAUUGACAUGUUUCUUAUUGAAUUUGGACUAUUGCAGCGUAUCAUUGAUAUAGUAUUCUGUGUCACUAGUGAAAUCUUAUUUUUGUUUCUGUAAAAAAGAAAAAAAAAAAUAUAUAUAUAUAUAUAUUUAUGCAUUGUGAAAAUGCAGUCCAUGGUGUAAAAUUGUACAAAUUCCUAAAUUCCUAACAAACCUGUACUGAAUAUAUGUACAAAGAACUAUGCUGUCUUAUUUAUGUUUUGUUUACAUAAUGUAUAGUUUUUUAAGUAUUUUAGUAAUUUUGGACCAGUGAACUAUUAGCAACUAUGCAGACAAAUCUGCAUGUAAUAAACUGAGUUGCUGUA